AUGGAACUGAGCUUGGAUUUGAGUUUGGCUUUUGUCCCCAGAAGAACCGUUGGUGAGAUUCUUGGCGAGGUUGCUCCGAGCGGAGAUGGGUCUCAGAGAAUGGCCACGCUUGAGGACUUUCUCCUAAGGUUGGAAGACGAGAAGAGGAAGAUCGAGGCCUUCAAACGUGAACUUCCUCUUUGCAUGGUCCUUGUGAACGAUGCUAUAACUAAAUUGAAAGAGGAGAUAAACGGAGGUGUGAGAAUCCAAGAUGAACCCGUGGUUGAAGAAUUUAUGCCACUUAUGAAAACCAAUUCUGGCGGAAGUGAGUCUUUGAACAUGGGUAAGGAACGCAGUGACAUGAAGAAUUGGAUGAACUCUGUUCAGCUAUGGAACGUUGAAUCCAAACCGAGGAAUGAAGAGGACGAUCGAUGCGUCCCCAACAAUCCAAUCCAAUCACAGAAUGAGACCCACAGGAGUGGCGGAGCAUCACUAGCAUUCAAUGGAAACAAGGGUGUCUCAAAGACAGUGGUGAGUGAAGACAAGGGGGUGUCACAGGUUCCUAUUCUUGGUUUGAUGAGACCAGUGUUUGAAUUGAAUCAUAUAAAAACAGAAAGUGGCUAUGAACAUGGGUCGUCCAUGAUUGCAAGCUCAGCUGAGAUAAAGGGUCAAGCACAACCGCAGCAGAAUCCGAGGAAACAAAGGAGAUGCUGGUCACCAGAGCUUCAUAGGCGAUUUGUUGAUGCCCUUCAACAAUUAGGGGGACCACAAGUGGCCACUCCAAAGCAGAUUAGAGAACUGAUGCAGGUGGUAGGCCUGACAAAUGAUGAAGUGAAAAGCCAUUUGCAAAAGUACAGACUUCAUUUUAGAAGACCUCAAGUUUCUUCAGUAGGCCAGGCUAAUAGUGACUUAUGCCUGAUGGUACAAGAUAAAUGUGGAGAUAAUGAAAAAUUAAAAGGGAACUUGUCACAAUCUGCCUCUCCACAAGGUCCUCUUUUCCUAGGAGGGUCUGGACGCAACAGCAUAGAAACAGAAGAAGAUGAGCAAUCAGAUUGCCACAAUUGGAAAGGUGGCCUUCACCACCAACCAGAAGCUGAACUUCUCUGA